GUUUUAGUCACCAGCUCCAUGUUCGACAGUGGAUUUUCAAACGAAUGGACAAAAACAAACUUACAACAGAGGGAUAUGAACCUGAAAAUGAAUUCAAAUUAUAAAUAUUAAGUGCGUGUGGAGUGUGGAUGUAACCAAUGCAAUCAUUAUAGUACGUCCUGGACACCCUGGGAUAGAAAUCCAACAACCGAUUAGGCGCUCAGUCGGAACGUCUUCAAGCGAGAGAGAGGGACGAGAGCCUGCCCAGUGUCAACAGUGUCAAGCUAGUCUGGGAACCAUGGAGGGGAGCAGCAGGGCUUCGUGGAUGAAAUGUGGCUCUGUGGUGUCCUUAGUGGUCGUUAUUCUGGCCAUUUGGUUUCGGUCACCGGGCAGUGAGGUACUGGACGGCCGGCUGGACACGGUGUUGUCGUCGCUGCUGCGCGCCGAGAGCAAAGUUGGAAUGAAACACGUCGCUCGGCCGAAGGUGGCUAUCGGUUUUGGAGGAUGUGUGGACCUGCUCGUGGACGGUGUGACGCUGCUCAAUAAAAUCAGCCUCGUGCCUGCCGACCAGCCCCUACAUCACGACUAUAUAGAAAACGCUGAGCAGCUCUCUCAGAGCUUCGCCUACUUCUUUGGACCAGGCGCUGCGGCAGAGCGCUUCGUGCUGAAUGAGACGCUCUUCAGCGAGCUGGUUGAGGCCUCCCGUGACCUACCUGGAAACAGAUGGUCGGUGGGAGGCAAUGCCCCUGUCAUGGCUGGCCGCAUGGCCAACGAGGGAUGUGACGUGCUCCUCGGGGGAAGCUUUAGCCCAGACUUUACUGAUGUCCUUUCACAGCACAUCACUGUUGCAGGCAACAUCGUAGAAGAGCCCGACAUACAUCUCAUCCUGGAGUAUCCAUCUGGUGCAAAGUGGGGGCGCUAUUCCUCCCGUAGAGCCAACAGGUACAUUGUCCACAGUGACGACCAUAACCCUUAUCUGGCAUCCAUGGAAGAGUUUGUCAAAAAGCUCAAAGACUUUCAUCCAGACCUUCUGGUCGUGGGUGGCUUACAAAUGAUGGACAACUUUCCUUUCCAGUCUGGUGAGCGUGCCUCUCUGCUCUCCCGCCUGGCAGAAGUGCUGGCCACCUCCUCUCCCACGCUCGGUGUCCAUUUCGAGAUGGCCAGUUUUGUGGAAGAGAGUAUCAUGGAAGAUCUGGUUCAUUACGUCAUCCCUCAAGCGGACUCUUUAGGAAUGAAUGAACAGGAGCUUCCCAACCUGCUGAGUCUCCUUAAAGGCUCCACCAUCACAGUACUUUCCGACCCAAACCCUCGCGUGGCUACCGUCCUGGACCAGAUGAGGGAGGUCUACCGCAUGGUCAACCAGCGUUACAAAGACUCCAUCGCUCAGGACGACGACGCUCAAUCGUGGGGCAAGCCCCUGACCCGCCUCCACGUGCACACGUUAGCCUUUCAGGCCAUGAUUGUGACCCGGGGCUCCCAGUGGAAGAACACCAUGUCAGCCACCGCCAAGGCCUCGCUCACCGCCAACCGCCACGUGUGCGGCUCCGACGACAUCGACCCCACCAAAGCCAGGCUCAUCAUGGACGACUCGUUCUCCGUCAGCCGGCGGGAGGGCAGCCAGCGCAUCUCCCUGCAGGAAAGCCGGCCCGUCAGCUGCUGGGAGGAGGACGACUACGAGAUCUGCGUGGCGCCCGUGCUCGUGUGCACCGAGGUGUACCAGACAGCUGGCGGAGGAGACAACAUCUCAGGUGCUGGCCUGGUGCUGCAGAUCUAAAGCAAUCAAACUGUCUCUCUGUGCUACUAACCACACAGUUUGACUCUGAUCAUCUUGGAACACAGGCACUGACUCAGGUUAACUGCCUGUCAGGUUAACCCUAACGUGGCGGACCACUCAGAUAAGUGAUAGAAAUUAGGUAACAGAAUAUAUUGUAGAGGUUUGGGUCUUUCCUUUCUAGACCUUUUCAGGAAGCUCUCACUGAAUGUGUGCUUUAUGGGUUGUAUCCCCUUGAAUGAGAAAAAUGUGCAUUUGCAAGCCCUCAAUCUAUUUUUAGUUGUUUGGUUUACGAGCUGGCAGCAGGCCAGACAAGUGCUUAGCACAUGCGCUUCACAGUUCUGAGGUGUUGGGGGUUUGAAUCUGGGCUCCGUUUGCAUGCUUUCCCCCAUGCCUGCUGUGAUUUUCUCCGUCUUCCUCCCACGUUCCCAAAAAUAUGCUUGAUAAGUUCAUUGAAGACUCUAAAUUGGCUGUUGGUGUGAAUGGUUGUUCGUCUAAUUGUACCAAGCGAUUGGCUAGCGACCAGUCGAGGGUGUACCCUGCCUCUCGCCCAAAGUUGCCCAAAGUCUGCUGAGAGAGGCUCUAGAUGAUCUCGUGUCUCAAGAGGAUAAGUGCUAUAGAAAAUUGAUGGAUUGUUUUCAAGCUGGUCUUGUGUGUUCCUCGUCUCUUCUACUCAACAACAUUCUGCCAUAUUUGCUGAGUCAUUGAAGUCAUCUGACUGACCUCCGUUCUCCAUAUUCAGUUAGGACCAGAGCAUAGUGAGCCAUAUAGAACCUUGGGGCCAAGAGUGAUUUUCAAGCUACUAAUUAUCCAGAGUAAAUUCAAUCACUAAAUACAGAGUCUCUUGCAAUCUAAUGCCCCCUGUACACGCAAAUCCCAAAACCAUUGCUGCAACAGAAGCAUUUUGGUCACACAGUCGUGCCUCUGUCGCAGCUCUGAUACGGCUUCAGAGGGCCCAAAACUGGCGGUUGGACUUCACCCACUCAUUUCAGGUCUAUGCCGUGGGUACAGAAUAGCGACACGGAAAAGUGGACAUUGGUAAAAUGGGCAUUUGAUUGAAUGUAAUUGAUCAAUUAUGAAAAAAAAAAAAAUGUUUUUAGCUAUUGUUUUUAAAAGGAUGGAAUGUCCUGGUGUGAGCCUUAGCUUAUGUAGUAAUGUCUUCCAGACAGCAGACUAGUUAAGUGAACCAGUAGCGCCUGUUGGUUGCAGUCAAAGUAUUCCACUACAUUUUGCCCCAGUUGUGUCGCAGCAAUGCAUUUCAUCAAACUAUCUGUUGGACACAAUGAACCAAACCUUGUGUCAAGUAAUUGAACAUUUAGUAAAAAGGGGCCAAGCAGAUUGAUUUCAAAGGUCACAACUGAAAUCCUUUCUUCUCCCAUAUUGCUGCGAAUUGGAAAGAUAAUGGUUGAACCGCUAGAUGAUCCCAGUAUAUGUGAAAGUAUGACUUUUGAGUCUGCUAUUUCUUUUAAUGUUGUCACUCGCCAUACAAUAAUACAAAAAUGUGUUCAAGAGACCACUGCAGAUGGGGAAUUUUCUAUCAUUUUGCAUCCCUUGACUUCUGUUUUACAUGUUUAUGUUAUCGUGUGUGCAUGUGUCUCUAUCUUUAAGGACCAAAUAAGCAGUGAGGACUGCCCCCAAGAACAUUCCACUGCACAUUCAACGUUCCUUCUAACCCCCAUAUUUCGUAUUUCGUCACCACUUUCCACCACUACAACUAUCUUUAAUGAAAUCCAUGUUCGGUUUGACGUGUAUCAUGUUACAAUGCAACAGGAAUGAGGUCAAGAGAAAAUAAGCUACCUUGAAUUGUUCUCAUCAUUUUGGUCUAAUGAUGGGGUAGGAAUAUAUGAUUGAGUUAAAUGAGCCUUUCUUUAUUCAUGUGGAAAGGGGAUGUUUUCGGGCAAAAUGUGCCUCAAUGUGUAUACACCGUGAUGGGAAAUAGGCUCACGGGUCAUGUUUCAAUUUUUUUUUUUGGGCAGAAUAUCAGCAUGAAUUCAUCCUGAUAGAACUGUUUGCAAGCAUAUCACUUUAUCUUCAUUCUAAAAGUAUUUUCAUUGUUCAUGUUCUAAAGCAAUUUGUAAUUGUUCCAUGCAUGUUAACUCCUCCAUAAAAAAAAUUAGUUGAGAAUAAAUGAUGACACAGCA